UAAAUGUCAUUUUACCCGGUCUUAUUAUAUUUUCAUUUAUAUUCUAUUUAUUAAAUGACAGUAAUUUUUUAACAAUGCAAGCAUUUUUAAAAGGCGGAAAAAUCACAACAGAGAAAAAACCAUCUAAGUCGAACGUUGAGAAAAAAACUGCUCCAACACCUUGGGUCGAAAAAUACCGUCCUAAAUCUGUUGAUGAUGUUGUUGAACAAGGGGAAGUCAUAGCUGUUUUAAAAAAAUGUUUAUCUGGAGCUGAUCUGCCUAAUUUACUUCUUUAUGGACCUCCUGGAACUGGUAAAACAAGUACAAUUUUGGCUGCUGCUCGCCAAUUGUUUGGAGAUAUUUAUAAGGAUCGAAUACUGGAAUUGAAUGCUUCUGAUGAAAGAGGAAUCCAUGUUAUUCGUAGUAAAGUCAAAACUUUUUCACAACUUUCGGCUAGUGCUACUAGGCCUGAUGGAAAGCCAUGUCCUCCAUUCAAAAUUAUUAUAUUGGAUGAGGCUGAUUCUAUGACACAUGCUGCUCAGUCAGCUCUUCGGCGUACUAUGGAAAAAGAAACAAAAACUACAAGAUUUUGUUUAAUAUGCAAUUACGUGUCAAGAAUUAUACCUCCCUUAACUUCAAGAUGUACCAAAUUCCGUUUCAAGCCCUUGGGGGAAGAAAAAGUUAUUGAGAGGUUGAACUUCAUAUCUGCUGAGGAAAAUAUAACUAUCUCAGAAGGAGUGCUUAAAACGCUGGCUGUUACCAGUGGUGGUGAUAUGAGAAGAGCUAUAACUUGUUUGCAAUCUUGUUCCCGUUUGAGAGGAAAAGAUCAAGAAAUAAGAGAGUCUGAUAUGUUUGAAGUAACAGGUUUAAUACCAGAUAGGAAAAUAGUUGAAUUAUUAGAAGUUUGUAAAACUUCAAAUUAUUCAAAACUUGAAGAUUUUGUUGAAGAAUUAAAUUUAUCAGGGUAUUCCAUUGCUCAAUUCUUUGAACAAUUUAAUGAAUAUCUUGUUAAUACAGAUGGUUUAACUAAUAAGCAAAAGGCUAUGAUCGGAAAGAAACUGGGUGAAUGUUGUUAUAGAUUGGAAGAUGGUGGUUCUGAAAGCUUACAGAUGAUGGAUUUAGGAUGUCAUAUAAUAUUGUCACUGAUUGCUAAUGAAUAAGUAUUAUUGUUGAAAGUUUUUAUACUUCAUUUUUAUUUUAACGAAAUAAAUUAUGUUGAUA